AGGCCUUUCAUGUUCGGUGCCGUUCUAUUCUCUAACACGAAUCGCUCAAUUAAGCGCAGUCGCAUUACGCAAUAGAGACCAUAAUAAUAGCUAUAGCCAAUCAGGUCGUUCAAAAUGAGUGGAAAAAUCAAGAGCCUGAGUGAUCAGCAGCUUUUUUGGCAAACCCUUUUUGAAACCAAACAAUUGGCUGCCCAGCUGGCCUCCUUGGCCACGAACCACGUGGAUGGCGUCACCUACGACGACCUGCCCCAGUACGGAAAAGUGCACGUCGUGGCUCAAUCUGGCUCAAAUUUAGGCGACAAUUUUCAGAGCGACACGUUCAUUGUGACUGCGCGGCUCUUGCGAGGCCAGUCCGAAGAGCCAAUCCAUGUCUUGAGUACUUUCAUCAAGGUGCUGCCAUCGAAUUUCUUGCUCCGCAAAUCGGCUUACGAAUCUCGCGUCCAUCACCGUGAGGUCAACAUGUACCACCACUUGUUCGCUCUGCUGCGCGAAAUGCACGCCGACCAGCCGAUUCCGUUGGAUGUUCCAGACUGUUACUACACCCAUCUGGAGGAGGUUGUCAAGGGCGAGACGGACGGAUCGGGCACUUGCAUUUUACUGGAGGAUCUCAAGUCGGAGAAUUAUCGGAUGGCGGAUAAAAUCCGAGGAGCCGAUUAUCGGCACUGUCACGCGGCGUUGACGUCGUUGGCUCACUAUCACGCCCUCACUCUGAGCGCUGUCAGAAAAUGGAAAGAUCCGUCCACGGGACAGUUGUCCAAUAUGCCACCUGUGGCGAAAUUCGUUUUGGAAGAGAAAUCCAUGUACGACGCAGGAAUCAUUAAAAUCCUCCAAGGCUUUUCCGUCUCUAUCGUCAAUUUUGCCAAAGAAAUGGGCACACCUGAUGUAGUUGACUGGCUGGCAAACAUACAGCAACGAAUGCCGGAAAUCGUUUUAAUCGACAAUCUGGAGAGCAGUGGUCCACUAGCUUGCAUUCUUCACGGGGAUUUUUGGAACAACAACAUGCUGUUCAAAUACGCAGAGCAGCCGCGUCACGAGCAAAAGGAAGAUGGGACAAAUAACGGAAGUGGUGCAUCAGCAAACGUCCCUGUUUCGCUGAGAAUGCUCGAUUUUCAACUUUCGAGGAUCGGCCACCCGAUCAGCGACGUCCUUUACUUCAUGUACACGAGCACCAUGCCGGAGUUGAGAGAGCGACACAUGCUCGUCUUGCUGCGUUAUUAUUUCGAUAUACUAACGACUGAUCUGAGGUUGCUCGGCAUUUCAUUGGACAACUACACCUGGCAAGACUUUUUGCAAGAUUACAAGCAAAGGUCGCUGAUGUGGAUGCUGACGGGCGUCAUGAUCCUCUCCAUGACUCAAAAUAAGAAGGUUGUGACCAGUUUACAAGAUUUGGAUGCAGAGGAACAACUGAAAGAGCCCAAACCAGUGAAUGCAGAGACGGAAGUGGAACCGGUCAAGGGCGAAAGCGGAAUGAGCCUCGAAAUGGAGGAAAUGUACAAGAACAUGAUGGCGACGUAUGUACUGAGUGACAGUCCGGCUCUGUCUGACCGAAUCCUUAAACUGAUCCUGGAAGUCAAGGCCUUAAAUCAUCCUUAAGAAACGUCUGCAGUUUUAUUCAUUCCAGGUCGGUUCUGCCGGGUUCUGCAUGAAACGAAACUAAAUAUGACGACCGAGCUAAAUUCAAGAGCAAUUUCGACAUUUUGACCUAGAAGGUUUCGUUUACAUUUUGUUUUGCCGGUCUACGUGCCGAAUACAAAACUUUGGCUAGUUAGCCUAAAUGCGACCAUA